AUGGCGGCGGCGGCGGCGGCGGCGGUCGGGCGGGACACCCUACCUGAGCACUGGUCCUACGGCGUGUGCCGCGACGGCCGCGUCUUCUUCAUCAAUGACCAGCUCCGCCGCACGACCUGGCUGCACCCGCGCACCGGGGAGCCCGUCAACUCCGGCCACAUGAUCCGCUCAGACCUGCCCCGCGGCUGGGAGGAGGGCUUCACGGAGGAGGGCGCCAGCUACUUCAUCGACCAUAACCAGCAGACCACAGCGUUCAGGCAUCCUGUGAGUGGGCAGUUUUCUCCAGAAAACAGUGACUUUAUUCUUCAAGAAGAGCCAAAUCCGCAUAUGUCGAAGCCAGAGAGGAACCAAAGACCGUCCAGCAUGGUCAGCGAAACAUCCACAACUGGGACCAUGUCCACUGUGGAGGCCAAACCUGGCCCCAAGAUCAUCAAGUCCAGCAAUAAAGUCCACAGUUUUGGGAAGAGGGACCAAGCCAUUCGGAGGAACCCCAAUGUUCCGGUGGUGGUGAGGGGCUGGCUGCACAAGCAGGACAGCUCUGGGAUGAGGCUGUGGAAAAGGAGGUGGUUUGUGCUUGCUGAUUAUUGUUUGUUUUACUAUAAAGACAGCCGAGAAGAAGUGGUCCUUGGGAGCAUUCCUCUGCCCAGCUAUGUUAUAUCGCCGGUGGGCCCUGAGGACCGCAUAAGUCGCAAGUAUUCCUUUAAGGCUGUGCACUUGGGGAUGCGAGCGCUCAUCUAUCACUCCUCCGCCGGGGGCUCUCAGGCCGAGCAGUCGGGCAUGAGAACCUACUACUUCAGUGCCGACACCCAGGAGGACAUGAACGCCUGGGUCCGGGCCAUGAACCAGGCUGCGCAGGUGCUGUCUCGGUCGUCGCUGAAGAGGGACUUGGAGAAGCUGGAGCGGCAGGCAGUCCCCCAGGUCAACCACGCAGAGUCCUGUCGUGAGUGUGGCCGCGUGGGACCCGGACACGCGAGGGAUUGUCCUCAUCGCCGCCACGAGGACUCCUACGGCUACGAGAGGCGGGAGCAAGAGGAAGAACGGUACCGUUCCCACCCAUCCGAGGGCAGGAGGGACAGGAGCAAGACCAGGUCCCCGUACUCGCCGGCUGAGGAGGAUGCCUUAUUCGUGGAUUUACCCGGCGGCCUGAGAGGCCAGCAGGCACAGCCCCAGAGGGUAGAGAAGAAUGGCAUCGCGUAUGGCCCAGGAGAGCAGAAUGGGACUGGCGGAUACCCGCGGGCCUUUCCUCCCAGGACCAGCCAUGAAAAGCACAGCCAGAGGAAGAGCAGCCUGGCCCAGGUGGAGCACUGGGCGAAGUCCCAGAAGGGAGAUGGCAGGAGCCUCCCCCAGGACCAGACCCUUCCUCGCCAUGGGCCCAGCCAGCCCCUGUCCUUCCCGGAAAGCUACCAGACGCUUCCCAGGAGCACCCGUCACCCCUCGGGGAGCUCCUCGCCUCCUCCCCGCAACCUGCCGAGCGACUACAAGUACGCGCAGGACCGAGCCAGCCACCUGAAGAUGUCGAGCGAGGAGCGCCGGGCACACCGCGACGGCACCGUGUGGCAGCUCUACGAGUGGCAGCAGCGCCAGCAGUUCCGGCACGGCAGCCCCACGGCGCCCAUCUCCCCGGAGUUCCCCGAGCAGGGCCGCAGCAGGAGCAUGCUGGAGGUGCCCCGCUCCAUCUCCGUGCCUCCGUCUCCCUCCGACAUCCCUCCCCCGGGCCCCCCGCGGGCCUUCCCACCCCGGCGGCCACACACGCCCGCGGAGAGGGUCACCGUGAGGCCGCCGGACCAGAGGAGGAGCGUGGACAUCUCGUUGGGCACUUCUCCCAGGAAGACAUGGGGCCACACCACCAAGAACUCCUCGCACGUGGACCGGCGCUCCAUGCCCUCCAUGGGUUACAUGACCCACACUGUCAGCGCUCCCAGUUUACACGGAAAAUCGGCCGAUGAUACCUACCUCCAGCUGAAGAAAGACCUGGAAUACCUGGACCUAAAGAUGACAGGCCGGGACCUUCUCAAGGAUCGAAGCCUGAGACCCAUGAAGAUUGCCGAAAGUGACAUUGACGUCAAACUGAGCAUCUUCUGUGAACAAGACAGGAUCCUCCAGGAUUUGGAAGACAAGAUACGCGCCCUCAAGGAGAACAAGGACCAGCUGGAGUCCGUGCUGGAGGUGCUGCACAGACAGAUGGAGCAGUACCGAGAUCAGCCCCAGCACCUGGACAAGAUCGCCUGCCAGCAGAGGUUGCUGCAGGAGGACCUGGUCCACAUCCGGGCGGAGCUGUGCAGAGAGUCCACUGAGAUGGAAAAUGCCUGGAAUGAAUACCUGAAGCUGGAGAGCGACGUGGCGCAGCUGAAGCACACCCUGCAGGAGCAGCACCGACGGGCCUUCUUUUUCCAGGAGAAAUCGCAGAUACAGAAGGAUCUCUGGAGGAUUGAAGAUGUCACCGCGGGCCUGAGUGCGAACAAAGAGAACUUCAGAAUCCUGGUGGAAUCGGUCAAAAAUCCCGAGAGAAAAACAGUGCCUUUGUUUCCUCACCCGCCUGUGCCUUCACUCUCAACGUCGGAGAGCAAGCCACCCCCACAGCCCAGCCCUCCCACCAGCCCAGUGCGGACCCCGCUGGAGGUUCGACUCUUCCCUCAGCUGCAAACCUACCUGCCCUACCGGCCUCACCCGCCCCAGCUGAGGAAGGUGACGUCUCCUCUCCAGUCACCGACCAAGACAAAGCCCAAAAUUGAAGACGAGGCGCCGCCCAGGCCCCCGCUCCCUGAGCUCUACAGCCCGGAGGACCAGCCGCCGGCCGUGCCGCCUCUGCCCCGGGAAGCCACCGUCAUCCGGCACACCUCCGUGCGCGGCCUCAAGCGGCAGUCGGACGAGAGAAAGCGAGACCGGGAGCAGGGGCAGUGCGUGAACGGGGACUCGAGGGGGGAGCUCCGGUCCUACGUGAGCGAGCCCGAGCUGACGACGUUCGGCGGGGACGUGGCUCAGCCUGCCCUGGGGCCCGUGGGCUCUGAGAGCAGGUACCAGACGCUGCCCAGCAGAGGGCUCUCGGGGUCCACAUCGAGGCUCCAGCAGUCGUCCACCAUUGCGCCCUACGUCACCCUCCGGAGGGGCCUGAAUGCCGAAGGCAGCAAGCUGAGCUUCCCCAGACCCAAGAGUGCCGUGGAGCGCCUGUACUCAGGGGACCACCAGCGGGGCAAGAUGAGCGCGGAGGAGCAGCUGGAGCGCAUGAAGCGGCACCAGAAGGCCCUGGUCCGGGAGCGCAAGAGGACGCUGAGCCAAGGGGAGAGGGCGAGCCUGCCCUCGUCUCGCUACCUCGGCCACCCGCUCCCCGGAGACCUCGGCUCAUGGAAGCGCGAGCAGGACUUUGACCUGCAGUUGCUGGACCGCGCCGUGCAAGGGGAGAGGAAGGACGAGGAGGAGAAUGGCUGGUUGAAAGUGCAGGCCGUGCCUGUCACUGAGUUGGACCUGGAGCCGCAAGACUAUGACUUGGACAUCAGCAGAGAGCUGUCCAAACCAGAGAAGGUCUCCAUCCCGGAGCGCUACGUGGAUCUGGAUCCCGAGGAGCCGCCCAGCCUGGAGGAGCUGCAGGCCCGGUACCGCAAAGCCGAGAAGAUCCGCAGCAUCCUCACCCGGUCCAGCAUGUGCAACCUGCAGCCGGCCGCGGGCCACGACCGGAGGAACAGCGUGGCGGACCUGGACUCGCAGAUGCAGGAGCAGGAGCGCAUCAUCAACAUCUCCUACGCCCUGGCCUCCGAGGCCUCCCAGCGCAGCAAGCAGGUGGCAGCCCAGGCGGUGACUGACCCGUGA